AACACAUCGCCGAGAUGUCAUGAGCCAUUUCGUUUAGCCAUCAUGAGCCAUGGGGGAUUGGAAGGAUCGAAAGGAGUGGAAGACAUGGGGUGACAAGAGGAAGUGGGACGAGUGGGACGAGUGGGAGAGCAAAGAUUGGAAAGGCCAUGACAAAUCGGAUUCCAAGAAGUGGAAAGGCAAACAAGAGUUUGAUGACCACAUGCCUGUGACACCUCCAGAAGUGUCCAGCUCUGCACCUUUGACACCACUGGGACCUGUAAAGCCUGCAGAACCUCUAGACCCUCCACAAGCUGCGCCAGGCACACCAUGGCAUCGUUUGCCGGUCACUGAACGGAUCUUUGACCCAAAAAGGCCUCACCAAAGUGUACCCGGUACACCUGCUGCAGCCUUCAUCAAACAGCCAAGCACACCUGGACUUCCAGUGCCCAGUACCCCGUCUCACCUGUUUCCAAGCACGAACGCGGCUCCUGUUUCCACCACCCCUGGGUCAAAAGUGGCCGGUGCCAAACCUCCGACGUUGUUGGAGAACACCCCACUGGAUCCACUGAAGAUGUUAGCCAACAUCUUGGAUGAGCUCAAGAGGCGAAAUCCUAAAGCUUCCAAAGAGGCGGAAGCAGAAUUCAGGCCAAUGCUCCAAAGAGCACCUGUCGCAUCCAAAACUCCCAUUCCGUCUGUGCCACGCACGCCCACUGGAACAGUGCCCCACACACCUGCCAUGCCAGUCACGCCUACGGCGACGGCACCCCAAACACCUAUGGCAGGCCCCCGCACACCCACGGCGGCAACUAUGGCACCACAGACUCCAAUGGGUGCGAUGCCUGGAACACCUGGAGCACUUCCGGGGACACCUGGUGGUGCACUGAUGGCGAAGCGGCUGAUGUUGCCCAGCGCAGCGCAGAUGAGAUCUUGGGGUCUCCAGCUACGUCAGUUCAAGUCCGAGCGUGGCUCCACGGAGGCCAUGUGGGAUAUCCCUGAAGACGUGCCCGCCUGGAUGCAGGAGUGCGAGCGGAUGUACCAAGGGGUCACCGCUGAUCAAUUGAGAUGGGCUCAACCAACAAGGACAAAGAAGGAUCGAAAGAAGCCAGUUCCGGCUCGCGUAAUACCCCAGACAAAGAAGGCUGAUCUCAAUCACCCAAAUGAGGUCUGGCGUAAGGCGUUCCCCAGCUUCGAGGAGUACCAGCGCAGGAAGAAACUUGGCCUUCCUCUCACCGGUGAACGUGAUGGGGGCGGCGACACACCAGUGCCGUUGCAACCGGGGGAUGCAACGCCAGGAUCUUUUGGAGGCGAUGCCUUUGUUGCCUUGGCGAUGACUCCAGGGCUUUCGGGAGAGACCACCCCGCUGCUGGACAACUUCUAUGCUGGAGAUCUUUUCGGCAUGUCUCUGCCCGCCACACCCAAAGGCUGAAGAAAAGAUGCACAUUAUUGCUGACUUGAGGAAAUGCCUGUCAGACUCAAGCAGCAAACACAGCAAAAUGGGGUGACCGUCGUACAAUGAAACCGUCUUUACAGCCGUUG